AUGUCUCGUGCCCACCAGCCCCCCCUGGUGACGGGCAUCUCACCCAACGAGGGCACCUCAUGGACCAAGGUCACCAUCCGAGGAGAGAACCUGGGCACUGGCCCCGCAGACCUCGUUGGUACGAGUAUGACACACACAUACACAUGCAAGCACAAACGUACACACACACACACACACACACACACAUACACUGUUAUUUGCAUUUGACUUCCGACAGGCAUAUCACUUCCAUAUAAAAAAAAAAAAUAGAUUGCCCACCUUUCUGUAAUGUCAUUAAUUACUGCGGUUGUUUUUGAUGCAUAAAGUUAUUCUGUUUGGUAUGUAAGUGUUUUCACUGGCAUUGACGAUAAUUGUUUGUGUGUGUUGUGUAUGAGAGAGAGUGUGUUAGACAGAGUGUUAGUCUGUUAGUCUAAGGCUCUUCCCAGUCUGUGAGGUAGGGUUCAUGCCGUUAUGACCCUUCGUCAGAGUCAGACUGAGUGACUUUUAUUAAUUUACCCAGAGCCUGGCUAGCCUACAGUCUACCACAGAACACACUGGACCUUAGUCAGCCGUGGUCAGGCUCUGCUUACAUUACACAGAGUGUUUGUUGCUGUUUAUCAAAUGAAAGGUUUUCAUGACUUUAUGAAGGGGAAAACACAUUUUUAAUGUUCAAUUACUUUUCGUUUCUUUCAACUGAGUGAAACCUCUGCCUAAUUCACAAUUUUAUAUACCCGGCCAAGAUAAUUAAUUUUAACCCAUAUUGAUUUUGUUUAAAAAUAAGACUGUGUAUAAAGGUUUUAGGUCUACAUUUAAAAUCUGUGAUUUAAAUGCUGAAACAAAUCAUACGAUGUCUGAACAAUAUGUUAUUGCAGGUUUUUGGUAUUUGUUAAUUGAAUUUAGGCCUAAAAGAGCAUUUUCUAACCUUUGUGGUAAAGAUGAAUUUGUCAAAAUGUUGAAUUUAAAUAUUGUUAGAAGUUCUAAUUACUGGACACGUUUGCUACAAAAUUGUUUAAAAAAAAUCGAAUUUCAGCUGUAUUAUUGUCAAGGAUAUCAGGAUAUUUGGUUAGAGUAUUAUAGCAAUGACGGGAAUCUUUUAUUAAUAUGGUAGUCAAUAUGUAGGGCUAUCAAUUAUUAUGAUUUGUUGUUAAAAGGGAGACAAUUUAACAUAUUUGUUACCACAAAAAAUGAUCAAUUUGAUACUCUAACUAAAUACUGCAUGUCCUGUUUUUAUUAAAUUUGAUCAAAAUGUAAUUUACCAAAAUUAUUAGAUGUUUUAGAAUUAUGGGUUAAUUGUUUUUACAGAAUUACAAUAAUUUGUUUUGUUUUAAAUAUAUAUAUUUUUUGUUUGACAUUUGUCAUAUUUGGCAAAUUAAGUUGUGCUAGUGUAAAGAAAAUAAACUGUACUUCCACAAUUCUUUUAGCUGCUAUUUCAAAAUGCCUUAUUGUGGAACAUCCGUUGCUUAGAAUUAAACUCUGUGGAUAGUCAGCAUUUAUUUUGAUGUAAAUGCCCAGAUUUUUUUGCGUUGUCAAAAUGCCACCACUCAUUUCCCUAGAAUUUCAGUAUUAUUUUAAUAAAUUAGAAUUAAGCCACCCACAAAUGAAAACCAAAACACAUGAACUGAGUGCGGCAGAAAGCCCCAAAACAUGGCCUCACACACGACUGUGCACUUGGCAGGCUGAGCCCUGGCCAAUGAUUUAUAUCGACACUAUAUAUACAAAGGUAUGUGAAUUGUAAGUGCUGUUAUUGUGAAGUGGAAAUGUCUAGGAGCAACAACGGCUCAGCAGCGAAGUGGUAGGCCACACAAGCUCACAGAAUGGGACCACCGCUGAAGCGCUUACAAAUCGUCUGUUCCAAACCGCCUCUGGAAGCAACGUCAGCACAGUAACUGUUCGUCGGGAGAUUCAUUAAAUGGAUUUCGAUGGAUGAGCAGCUGCACACAAGCCUAAGAUCACCAUGCGCAAUGCCAAGCGUCGGCUGGAGUGCUGUAAAGCUUGCUGCCAUUGGACGCUGGAGCAGUGGAAACGCGUUCUCUGGAGUGAUGAAUCACGCUUCACCAUCUGGCAGUUCGACGGACUAAUCUGGGUUUGGCAGAUGCCAGGAGAACGCUACCUGACCCAAUGCAUAGGGCCAACUGUAAAGUUUGGUGGAGGAGGAAUAAUGGUCUGGGGCUGUUCUUCAUGGUUCGGGCUAGGCCGCUUAGUUCCAGUGAAGGGAAAUCUUAACGCUACAGCAUACAAUGACAUUCUAGACGAUUCUGUGCUUCCAACUUUGUGGCAACAGUUUGUGGAAUGCCUUUUCCUGUUUCAGCAUGACAAUGCCCCCGUGCACAAAGCGAGGUCCAUACAGAAAUGGUUUGUCGAAAUCGGUGUGGAAGAACUUGACUGGCCUGCACAGAGCCCUGACCUCAACCCCAUCAAACACCUUUGGGAUGAAUUGGAACGCUGCCUGCAAGCCAGGCCUAAUCGCCCAACAUCAGUGCCCGACCUCUUGUGGCUGAAUGAAAUCAAGUCCUACAGCAAUGUUCCAACAUCUAGUGGAAAGCCUUCCCAGAAGAGUGGAGGCUGUUAUAGCAGCACAGGGGGGACCAACUCCAUAUUAAUGCCCAUGAUUUUGGAAUGAGAUGUUUGACGUGCAGGUGUCCACAUAGUUUUGGUCAUGUAGUGCAUUUCUGACCACUAAUGUCCCUGGAGCCUGAAAUUAGCCUAUUAGAUGUUGGAUAGCAACACGUGUGUGUUAGUGCAUAUACUGUAUAUUCAAACAAAACAACCAGUACAGAACAAAGGCAGGAAAUGUGCUUUAAUUUAAUGACUGUUUUAUUAUUCACAGUUUGUUUCAAUGGUUAUUUGUUGAUAAUCUCUCACAGGCUUUUAUGAUGUUUGAGUACAGUCAUUUGCAGCUCUCUGUCCAGUUCCCUUUGGUCAGAUAAAUCAGAGGUGGUUUCACUUUUUCUUCUCUCUCUCUUUCUCACUCUCUCUCUCUUUAUUUCUCUAUUCUCUCUAAACUUCUCUUUACUCCAUGAGAAGGGUCAGAUAGAAAGAUAAAUAAAAGAGAGUGUAGAAGUAGAGUAAAUAGAUAUGUAAUGAGCCACUUAGCAGUGAAGUGACAGCACUCUCAGUGUGGAGAGAAUGAUGAAACUGUGGCAGACUUGUCAGGGCUACACAUGACUGACUGGACCCUGGGCUGAACUUUGACCCCUAAUGACAGGUUUAUUAAACUGCUGUUUGUGUCAUUGUGUCAUGCAUUUUCUCUGUGUGUCUCUGUGUUAUUACUUGUUCUGUUGCUGUAAGCGUGCCUAUAUAUUUCUCUCUCUCUCUCUCUCUCUCUCUCUCUCUCUCUCUCUCUCUCUCUCUCUCUCUCUCUCUCUCUCUCUCUCUCAGGUCUCUCCAUCUGUGGUCACAACUGCCUGCUGACGGCUGAGUGGAUGUCAGCCAGUAAAAUAGUGUGUCAUGUGGGCCCGGCCAAAGACGAUAAGGGAGAGAUCAUCGUCAGCACCAAGUCAGGAGGACACGGCACCUCCACCGUCUCCUUCAAACUGCUCAAGGCUGAGAAGAUCGGUAUGAUAGUGUUGCUGCUCUCAGCAACCACUCCAGUUCUAAUACAAGUCUCUCUGUCAGUCAUCAGAGGAACUCUAGAACGACUACUCAGUGGCGCAAGUACAGACAAUCUUCCUCAGUAUUACCAAGCAGAUGUAGCGGGGAACUACAGUAUGGAUACUCAUACUGUUUUGUCCUGUGUUGCUGUACAAACUAUAGUAGCUCUGUCAGGUACUAUUAUUGAGUGUGUGAUCUGGGCUGUCCCUCAGUGAUGAUGUGUUUCCUGUGUGUGUCUGUGCUCUAGGUAUCCUGGACCAGUCUGCUGUGUGGGUGGAUGAGAUGAACUAUUACGACAUGAGAACCGACCGCAACAAAGGCAUCUCUCCCCUCUCCCUACGACCCAGCAAUCCAUUGGGCAUCGACGUAGACAAGUAGGAACAUACAUACACACACACACGUGCGUGCUACACAUACACACAUUACACACACGCGCACACACAUACAUACAUACACAUACAUACAUAAACACACAGGUUCUAGUCUUUGAGUCAUGGUUUAGGUCUGUAAACAGAAACAAAGGAUCCCCAUGUGGAGGUGUUUGAAAUGUUAUGCCAACACAGCAAUGGCUCAACUGGCUUUAACCGCUGCACAACGCACUGGAGACAACAUCAUUGUGUUUAAAGGAGGGAGAAGGAAAGAAGAAAGGAAAUAGUUGAAAAGAAAGAGUGCAGCCCACCACACAUGGUCAUAGCAGGCGUAUGGUGUGGCCUCUACCUCCCACGCGCCUGGCAGAGAAAGAACAGCCUGUAAUGUAAUGUAUAGUUGAGUUUGUAUAGUUUAGUUCUGGUAUGUCUGUGCUCUAGGCCCUCUGAUGUUUGUUUGGUUUAGAGGGGCCAGGGGCGCCAGGGGCCAAGUGACCACUCGUGGCCAGGGAGGAGAGCCUCUGACUGAGCCGCAAACCCUCCAUGUCCAGGGUCACUUUCCUGGGCCUAGUGGUAGGCUGCAACCCAUACAACCCAGUCAGUUCGCCUCUUCUCUUUAUGUUAUUAGCCACAUUAAAGACAUUCUCCGGUACUUUGGCGACUAGUAAGUGUUUUAUUAAACCUCCGGAUUUGGGCGGAUGUGUCAAUGUGUAGUUCAUACAUGCAUAAUCUAUGAGCAGAGUUACUCUCUUACCUUAGUUAGCCAUGAAAUCCCUAGUUUGAAAGCAACUGUUUUCUGGAAGCUGUGCGGCACCAUUUUCCCUACAUUUACCCCCAUGUGGGCCAGCCCCCUAGCAAUUCGAGUUUCAGCCAAUGCCUCUCGCCAUUUGGGCUUUUGACAUGAUGUAGUACACCAUUUUCGUGGACCACUUUUGGCUCAUGGGUGCUACUUUCAGAACUGCUGGCUAAAAAGUAUACAAAAGUACCAGAGAAUAUCUUUCAAGUAAAGACACUGGUCCAUGAAAAUGGACAGACACACACUGCACAGUACACACACAUCACAUUAAUGAAUAUAGCCAAUGCUGUUUACUAUAGAAACAGUGGCUAGCUGUCCAACCAGACACAGCUGACCAGGAGAAGUGGAGUGGACGGAGUCGGACAACCUCUUAGUAAUUGUUUAGUAGUUCAAUAAGUUUCAACCCAUGAUUAUAAUUACGAGGUCUUGAACCAGUUUGAACAAGUUUGUCUGGUGGUGAUGUCACUGGCUGGUUAUUCCAACAGAGAGGUCAGACAGGAAGUAAUCUUGUCGGUCUGAAAUACACUUCCUGGUGAUGUCCUCAUCAACCUGUUCCUUUUUAUUUUGGUCCACACGCUACAGAGUAACAAACGUCGUCCGAGCCGCAAUGCUCGAGUGAUAAUGUCCGAACUGUAACUGCUUGUUUUGAGUUAGCCUGCUGAACUGCAUCAAUAGUAAGAGGAGGGUUUCUCUCAGCGUAUACGUAUGUGCUUCCUGUAUGUGGAGCAAAGCAGCAGAUCCGGAACAUGUGAGAGCAGGCUUUGAUAACGUGCCAGGUAUGGAGAUGAGGGAAUAACUUAACGGACUGAGAAAGUUGUUUCUCUCACUUUUACUCUCUCUCUGCUCCCUAACACUCUCUCUGUCUCUAUCGAGAUACAUGUGUACAUUUAGUAUGCCACAAAGCAGAAGCUUUGUAAAGCGACGUACAGUACAGUGCAUCCAUUUUUAGUAUGUUCACGUGAUCUCUGCGCGAAUUCAAUGUGCAAACUUUGUUGUUCACGUCACACUCUUACCAACUGAGCCACAACGUUACAAGAUUGUUAGAAGAGCAUGGGUACUGUGAGGCGAAAGUGUGGUGAGUGGUUUGAAAGUUUAAUUGGUGUUAACCUUCCAUGAUGAUCAGACUUGCACUUUCACCCCUCUCUCUCUCUCCCACUUCUUUCCCAUGACAACCCAUCUUUACAUCUUUACUGAGAUAAUUCUGCUCUAUGAUGUGUUUGUGUGCAUGCGUGUGUGUGUGUGUAAUCACUCCCUGAGGGCUCAGUGUGCUCCGGUACAGUACAGGCUGGAUGGUGGGGGUGGGGGGGGUAUUGGUUUAGUUUGUGUAGCCCACGGGUCAUUACCACAGAUCAAACCUUCCUAACGACCUCUGGGUCCUCAAGGGGCGCCCAGGCGUCACACACUGCUCUUCCCACGCCCGGCCCUUCGUCCUUGGGCACGGCUUGGGCUCACACUGACCCCUGCUGGAGGACUUUAUACCAACACUCCAACUCACCUUUCACCUCAUUACAUUAGAAGAAGGAUGUUCUUGUUAUUUUGUACGAUGUCACACAUGUUCUUUCUUAUUUGUGUAACUAUGUACAGUUGUAAGCAUUACCUGUAAUGCAUUGUUUGUGUAGAUUGUGUUCAAGUUUCAACUUUAUUGUCAAAGAGAGAAAUGUGGUUUGCAGCAUAAUCUAUAUUAAUAUAUUCCAUUUAGCAGACGCUUUUUAAUAUUAUUGUUAUUUUAUUUUAUAUAUUUUUUUACCCCUUUUUCGUGAUAUCCAAUUGUUAGUUACAGUCUUGUCCUAUCGCUGCAACUCCCGUACGGACUCGGGAGAGGCGAAGGUCGAGAGCCAUGCGUCCUCCGAAACACAACCCUGCCAAGCCGCACUGCUUCUUGACACAUUGCUCGCUUAACUCGGAAGCCAGCCGCACCAAUGUGUCGGAGGAAACACCGUACAACUGGCGACUGUGUCAACGUGCAUGUGCCUGGCACGCCACAGGAGUCGCUAGAGCGCGAUGGGACAAGGACAUCCCGGCCGGCCAAACCCUCCCCUAACCCGGACGAUGCUGGGCCAAUUGUGCAUCGCCUCAUGGGUCUCCUGGUCGGGGCCGGCUGCGACACUGCCCGGGAUCGUACUCAGAUCUUAGACCGCUGCGCCACUCGGGAGGCCCUUAGCAGACGCUUUUAACCAAAAGUGACUUACAGUCAUGCCUGAAUACAUUUGACAUAUGGGUGGCCCCAGGAAUUGAACCCACAAUCCUGGCGUUGCAAGCGCCAUGCUCUACCAACUGAGCCGUACAGGACCACAGCAUGACCAUACAUAGAAUAUAUAAAACAUACAUUUAACAGGGUUUCCUUAGUAAUCAGUUUUAUCUGUGUGUUUUCUCCCCCAGGGGUAAGGUCCCUCUGAAAGAUUUGGAGGCCAUGUUCCCAGGGGUGAGUGGGGAUUUCACCAGCGAGAACUUCUCAGCCACCUGGUACCUCAUCGAGAACCACUCUGUCACCAGGUAGGUCAGACCUACCUACCUACAGUGGCUUGCAAAAGUAUUCACCCCCCUUGGCAUUUUUCCUAUUUUGUUGCCUUUCAACCUGGAAUUAAAAUGGAUUUUUUGGGGGUUUGUAUCGUUUGAUUUACACAACAUGCCUACCACUUCGAAGAUGCAAAAUAUAUUUUUUUGUGAAACAAACAAGAAAUAAGACAAAAAAACUGAACUUGAGCGUGCAUAACUAUUCACCCCCCCAAAGUCAAUACUUCGUAGAGCCACCUUUGCAGCAAUUACAGCUGCAAGUCUCUUGGGGUAUGUCUCUAUAAGCUUGGCACAUCUAGCCACUGUGAUUUUUGCAUAUUCUUCAAGGCAAGCUCCUUCAAGUUGGAUGGGUUCCGCUGGUGUACAGGAAUCUUUAAGUCAUACGACAGAUUCUCAAUUGGAUUGAGGUCUGGGCUUUGACUAGGCCAUUCCAAUACAUUUAAAUGUUUCCCCUUAAACCACUCGAGUGUUGCUUUAGCAGUAUGCUUAGGGUCAUUGUCCUGCUGGAAGGUGAACCUCCAUCCCAGUCUCAAAUAUCUGGAAGACUGAAACAGGUUUCCCUCAAGAAUUUCCCUGUAUUUAGCACCAUCCAUCAUUCCUUCAAUUCUGACCAGUUUCCCAGUCCCUGCCGAUGAAAAACAUCCACACAGCAUGAUGCUGCCACCACCAUGCUUCACUGUGGGGAUGGUGUUCUCUGGGUGAUGAGAGGUGUUGGGUUAGCGUUUUCCUUGAUGGCCAAAAAGCUCAAUUUUAGUCUCAUCUGACCUUCUUCCAUAUGUUUGGGGAGUCUCCCACAUGCUUUUGGCGAACACCAAACGUGUUUGCUUAUUUUUUUCUUUAAGCAAUGGCUUUUUUCUGGCCACUCUUCCGUAAAGCCCAGCUCUGUGGAGUGUAUGGCUUAAAGUGGUCCUAUGGCCAGAUACUCCAAUCUCCGCUGUGGAGCUUUGCAGCUCCUUCAGGGUUAUCUUUGGACUCUUUGUUGCCUCUCUGAUUAAUGCCCUCCUUGCCUGGUCCGUGAGUUUUGGUGGGUGGCCCUCUCUUGGCAGGUUUGUUGUGGUGCCAUAUUAUUUCCAUUUUUUAAUAAUGGAUUUAAUGGUGCUCCGUGGGAUGUUCAAAGUUUCUGAUAUUUUUUUAUAACCCAACCCUGAUCUGUACUUCUCCACAACUUUGUCCCUGACCUGUUUGGAGAGCUCCUUGGUCUUCAUGGUGCCGGUUGCUUGGUGAUGCCCCUUGCUUAGUGGUGUUGCAGACUCUGGGGCCUUUCAGAACAGUUGUAUAUAUACUGAGAUCAUGUGACAGAUCAUGUGAGACUUAGAUUGCACACAGGUGGACUUUAUUUAACUAAUUAUGUGACUUCUGAAGGUAAUUGGUUGCACCAGAUCUUAUUUAGGGGCUUCAUAGAAAAGGGGGUGAAUACAUAUGCACGCACCACUUUCCCGUUAUUAAUUUUUUAGAAUUUUUUGAAACAAGUUAUUUUUUUCCUUUCACUUCACGAAUUUGGACUAAUUUGUGUAUGUCCAUUACAUGAAAUCCAAAUAAAAAUCCAUUUAAAUUACAGGUUGUAAUGCAACAAAAUAGGAAAAACGCUAAGGGGGAUGAAUACUUUUGCAGGGCACUGUAUCUAUUUUCUACGAUCUCUGGGUCAGACACACAGCCAAUCACAAGCAUAUUUCUCCCAUACCAGCCAAUCAGACAGCGCACCAUCCCAACAAAUCUGUUUAUGAAUGUCAGCCCUCUAGCCAAACGACCAAACUACGAGUUGAAAACGCUGUUGGAAUUAAUGCAGUGACUUGGCACAAAACUUUUGAAUGUUGUUUUAAUCACCAAAUCAAAUCACAUCACAAUUUAUUUAAAGUGCAUUCAACAAAAGCCUCAAUACACUUUACAAAAAAAACGUAUUUUGUAAUUUAUUUUAAUUAUGUGUUUUUCAGUCCAUCCAAUCAAUCCACUGACCCAGAGACAGAGCUAGUCUGUAAACUCCAUUCCCUGUUGAUCCCUGACCCCUGACUUGGCACAAGAAAACUUUGGACAUGUGGAGGAAGUGUCCCUUCUCUUGUUGACCUCUGACCCCUGUUCUCUGUCAUACUAGGAUAGUGUUUGUCAGCUUGUCUGUCAGGUUAUUAUUAGUCUCUCCUGGUUUCCUCUCCGUCAUCCAUAAUGGUUCCCCUCCAUCUAACCCCCCAGUCUAGCGGAUGGAUCCUGCCUGGUCCUGGCUAGCAACUGCAGGGCUGCAGACUCCACUGGGUUGGGUUGUUUUGGGUUGACAGGGCCUGUGUUUCUUCCUCCAGAGGAAACUUCCAUUCACUCCCAGAGUACACGCACGCUUGUGCAGACUCUCACUCGCGUGCGUUACACAUACAAGAUCGUACGCACACACACACUCCUCUGACUGACGGGAUGGUGUCACACGUGGAAGUAAACAGAGUUUAACCUUUAUAUCCCACUUUUCUUUCUCAUCUCUCUCUUUCCCUCCCUCCCUCGGGUCCCUCCCCCUCUCAGUUUUGACCAGUUGCGUAUGGCAGCCAGUAACCUGAAGAAGCAGGCCACUAAGAAAAAUGAGGGCAGUCUGGCCUACGUGAAGGGAGGCCUCAGCACCUUCUUUGAGGCACAGGAUGCCCUCGCAGGUGAAGAUACAGUACACAUUACACACAGACUAUACACAGAGUAUGUGUUUUUACACAGUAUAUCAAUACUACACAGAGAGUGUGUGGUAUAUACAUUGUAUGUGUGUUAUUACACAGGGAGAUGGUAACCGUAUAUGUUUCAGGGUUGACAGAACUUGGCUCUCAUGAUGCAGGUAAGAGUUUGUGAUGCUCAGGGUCUAUUGCAGUGUGUGUUUGACUAAUAUCCUUUACAGACAUAGAACACCGCUACAGUAACGUGUCGAUAGCGAAAGUUGAUAACUUUUCAGACAAUUAAAAAAAGUGCCGCAUCAGAACCUUUUCAGACAGUAGAAUUCUGCUCCAGCAUAUAAUGUUUGGUAUUGUUUCCCUGACAACAAUAAACGUUGCUGAUUGAUGUGCUGCUGUGUGUUUUUUUAAUGCCGUUAUUUUAAUGAUAUGGUCAUUUUCUUUCUACUAAAUGUCUUGGUAAGUCGCGGUAUUUAAUUAACUUUAACAUACUUUUUUAGGAGAGAGUGUUCUGCACGCAGGAAGGCAGGCAGGCUGUGCGCAGGCAGCUCGACAUUAUUUGAUUGGACAUUUCUGGUCCUGUAGUGACGGACAUUAAUCCCGCUUCGGAGGCAGUAUUCCAUAACAGACAAGUAAAAUGCCUGUUCAGUGGCGCUUCGAAACCAUCUCCAGAGAAUGUUUCGUGUUGGCAUUUAAAAAGCUGUAGUGUACUGUUAGCCGAGGCGCUUUCAAGGCGGCACAUUCCAUCUGUCUGAAAAGGGUAUAAGACAGUUAAGAGUUUGUCAGGCUCGGGGUGUUUUGGAGUGGGUGUUAGACUAAGACAGGUAUGGUUUGGGAUAACAUUAGUGUGGUGUUUUGGAGUGGGCAUGUAAUCUAAGGACUUCCUGACCAUUCCUCAGAACUCUGAUGAAUGUGUGGAAGCUGGCCUCUAGGUUUGUGUGUAUUGCCUGGUGUAUUUUCUGAAAAGUGUGUGUGUGAUUCUGCGUGUGUGUGUGCGCCUGUGACCACAUCUCUGCAGCUCCUGGGUUUUCCCGUUGUGUGUGUGAAUUUGUGUGUGCACAUGUCUGUGCGCGUGUUUCUCCACGCGGCCGUGCGGUGCGGUCUAGCAGUGGUUGAUUAAAGAGGCAGGUGUGUGUGAGCAGAGCACCACCACCGCAGUGUACCACAGUAUUGCUAGCCAACCACAACACGAUUUAUUCACCUUCAUUAAAACUGCAUCAGCUCUCACCUGUCAAUCACAAUACUGCCUGUAGCAGGGCCAUCUGUAGUUCUGUACUGUACUGCUGUCCUAAUAGAACCUUAGAAUGGAGUGCGCGGAUUCAUUACACAAAUGCGCGCACACACACACACACUAACGUACACACUUUCUGAUGUACACACACACAUGCGUACAGAACGUGCACUUACUGGAAAUACAUCCUGCCACCCAUACACACUGAGACACAUGCACACGUAUACUGAUGCAUACACACACAUAUACACGCACGGACGCACACACACUCCCAUGGCCUUUCUCAUUCACUCUCUGAUAACUCUGAUGUAACGUUUUGACUGCUGACUGCAGUUGCUCUGCCAGGUAGCUCAGUCAAAUCAAUUGUUCAACUUUAUCAGUCAUAUUUUUGUCUGUUUACUCUAAUUCCCCUCAUAGCCACUCAGUUACUUCCCCUGACUAUUUAAAUGUCUCCGUCAUUAUUAUUAUUGCUUUCCGUAUGUAAUGUUUGUGCCCGGGUGGAGCAGGGGGGUCCGAAUCUGAGGCAAUGUUUUCAUUGUUAGCCGCUGAAUCUAAAUAAACGGAGCAGGGCAACACAAUGCAGGCCAGAGUAAUAAGGAUGAUAACAGCCCUAAUAUGACCGUGGGGAACAAUACAGUCCCUUUCUCACGUUCACUCUGCUGAGCGUGCCCAUUAUGAGCCCAAAUGGGAAGAGCAGGAGUCCUCAGUGACCCAGAAAAUAAUGCACCGUAAAUGGACUCAAAUGGCCUGUGAAUCAGGAAGCAAUGGACCAUAAGAUGACAAGUCAAUUGACCUGUGAGAGUAUAUUCUGACUCCUUACAGCACGGGUGUCAAACUCAUUCAUCGGAGGGCCGAGUGUCUGCAGGGUUUUGGUUUUUCCUUUCAAUUAAGACCUAGACAACCAGGUGAGGGGAGUUCCUUACUAAUUAGUGACCUUAAUUCAUCAAUCAAGUACAAGGGUGGAGCGAAAACCCGCAGAACCUCUGCCCUCCGUGGAAUGAGUUUGACAUGUGCAUUACAGCAUAUAUAGUCCUCUGAUUAUGUCUGUUUUUAGGGAGAUGAUUCUGAGGCCCUUGUUUGCUUGGUUGUUGAGAAUGUCUCAGCGCUAGUCCUGGUAUUGAUAGUAAGCUUGAUGUAUGGUUCAAGUUACAUACUAUGGUCAGGUAUGGUCAGGGUAAGCUUUAGUAACGUGCCAGCGUGCCAGCCAUUUUGUUCUGAACCAGACGGCUCUUGGCGGCUCCAGCAGUUGCUCACUGCCAGGUCCAGUUAGCACAGCUGUCCGCGAAACUGUGAAUACUUUCUUUGUCUGUCUAUCUACGUGUUUGGCAAGUCAUCUAAGUCAUUCUAAAUGAGCUCCACCUCAGGUGUUGCUGUACAAAUUGAAAGGAAAUGAAUAAUGAAGGCUGUGUGUGUCUGUGCCUGCGUGUGUGCAUGCAUUCAUGCGUGUGUGCACUUGCGUCUGAGCGUGUGUGUGCUCUGUGGUCAGAAUGUGUUACAUUAAAAGUGGCACGGUACUAAUAGCUGUUUAGCCUGUGGUGCUUCCAGCUCACUCAAUCACCAUUUAAUGGCUUUUAUUUUUAGUCUCCUCAGUUUAUUUUCUCUUCUGCCUGCAUGUGAGAAUUGUAUUGAUGCUCUCGUAAAAGCCAGUGGUGUUUUAUUAUUAAGAGAGAGCAGGGGAGUGGGUUGGGGAUCGCAGUGUGGAAAUAAGGAAGGAAUGUCUCUGCAUGGACCAAAUCUGGAAAAUGGAAUGAGUUCUGUUCAACCCCCAAAAAAUUAAACAAGUGGUGUGUUUUGAGGUUCUUCUUUUUCUCCUCUUCUCUCUCCUGUCAUUAUCUCUCUCUACUUUCUCUCUUUUGUCUCACCCUCUCCAUUCCUCCCUUUCUUCUCAUUCAUCUCCUCCAACAGAAACGUGUGUGUGUCUGUGUGUGUGUGUGUCUCUGUGUGUGUGUCUCUGUGUGUGUGUGUGUGUGCGCAUGUGCGUUUGUGCGUGCACUUGCCACUGAUGUCUCAGUAAUAAUGUCUCUGUGUGUUUCCCUGCUGGGCUUAAACACACAGUUUAGCACCAGGCACUAAUUGGCUAACCCCACCCAUCCUCAUCCCACAGCAAUAUUUAUGGCUAGUUUGGUUAGUGCAGUGGCUAGGCCAAAUGCUAACCUCAGUUCAUCUAGCGUUGUGGACAGUGAUAAGCUCUCUCCAUUUAGGGAAUGGAACCUACAGCCAACUGGUGCUCCCUAAACAUGCUUAUUACACCCAUCUUACACUGCUCCCCUUCACUGUUAGACUGGGGCUUGUAGAUACAUAGUGACAGAGAAGAGGAGGGGACAUGUCUGCAUUGAGGGGUUACAUGAGGUCAAAUAGGUCAGACGACCUUGAUGUCUGGGGUCAACCACCCAGUGGGCCAGGGGCUGGGUAAAACAGGAAGUGAAGGAAUAGUUCUCUAAACUCUCUGUGUGACCCAGAGCAGACAGGCUGUUGAAAGGCAUGGGGAGUUCAUAGUUCAUAGUCAUAGUUGGGGGCUGUUUGGUUAGGCUGAUCCACUGACAAACUGAACUAUAUUUCACAGGGGUCUUCUGAGACCUGGCUGACUAACUGGCUAACUGACUGAAAGACUGACUGACAGAGAGGCCAGGGGGAGAGGGGGGGGGGGGGGGCUCAGAAAAAUUAUGAAAUUUGAGGUUUUUCAUUGUUGUGUGAAAAGGAAGUGGGCCUGCGAUACAGGAUACGGACCACCGCUACUGUGUUCCAAAAUCCCAGAUUUCCCAGGGCAGUAUUCCCGACGCUCCAAACCUCCGACUCCGCUGCAUAGUCAGGAGUCAAAACAUCUCCAACUUUAGAAUCCAAGGAUGCUGUGUUUUUAUUUUGGAUACAUUUUUUUCAGUGGGUUCCAGGAAGCUGAGUGGGGGCUGCCUGUGUCUCUUCCUCCGCUCCUGUAUACGUGUGUGUGUGUGUGUGUUAUCCGGAGACUGACGGGGUGUUUAGGUUAGCCAUGACGUCAUGGCCGCGGCAGCGAGUAUGUGUGAUAGACAGAGAGGACACACAGCUGGCUGGGGGCACGGGGGUCUCUGCAGAGACAAUAACCAGGACCCUGAGGGUGUGUGUGUGUGUGUGUGUGUGUUUGCACAAUACGGGGACUUGCACAAUACACUAGACUUCUCUCUACUCUAUACAUAUACUAUUCAGAGCAGAUGGCAUUCUUCUUCCAUAAAACCUCUGGUCUCCCUGUUUCUGCCUGUAGGUUAAGUCUAUGGUUCCUGCCCUGGCUCUCUGAAUGUCCUAUGGACACUGCUUGCGUUGGUUCAGUGAUGACCGUGCCGAUUAGGCAGCCAUGAAAUGAUGGCAUGUUUGAUUAGUGAGGUUCAGGAAUACCUCAGCCUCUCUGCCUCAAGGCUCCCGUCUUUCAGAACAGGACCCACAUUUAUUUACAGAACUCUCUCUCCCCACUUCCUUCGUUCCUUCUCUCUCUCUUUGCUCCGUUUUAGCUGACAGUCGUUGUUUUCAGUGGAACGAAUGAGAGUGAGAGAGUGGUGAAAAGCAGAGAAUAAAUAAAGGGGGCUUGACAUCCUUUUUCUCUUUCCCUUGUGUCAGUGUUUCUGGUCUCAUCCCCUAGCCUCCCCCGUUUCACCCCCUCUCUCCCCUCUCCCCUCUCCCCUCCCCUCUCUCCAUCCUCUCUCUCCCCCUCUCCAUCCUCUCUCUCCCCCUCUCAUCCUCUCUCCCCCCUCCCCCCUCAAUAAACCCGCACUGCCCCUCUCAGCACCCAGCUGCCCAACUAAGGUCAUGUGAGCAGCCCUGAUGCGCUGUCUCUCUCUCUUUCUCUCUCUCUCUCUUUCUCUCUCUCGCUCUCUCUCGCUCUGCCUACCCUACUCUCCCUCUCUCACAUUAAUUACUCCAGACCAAUUCUGACCUCUAUCUCUCUCUCUCACAUGAAUUACUCCAGGCCAAUUCUGACCUCUACUCUAUCUCCUUUUCUUUUCCUCUUCUCACCUUUUACACCCUCUGCGUUUCACCUACUUCUCCUUGCCUUACCACACCAACACUACUUCCUACUCAGUGUUGAUAUUGGACUGUGGACCCUACAGAUCUGUAUUCAUUAGUGUUGUAUAGUCAACCUGACACUAGCAGCAUCCCUCUCAGCAUUAUAAAUACUGCUUUUCAGUCUUCAAGCUCUCCUCACCCAAAUAUUAUUCCUCUUACUGAUAAAACAUUUGGAUUUGCAUUUCCUCUGGGAGUCUCUGGGUCUUUCGGUGCACAGUGUCUACAGUCUAUGGUCCAUUUGGAACAGUCUUCUUUCCCCUAGAUUAUUUUCCAGUCAGGUUACAAAGGCCCCCAAAGGAACAUCAAAUGCUAAUCUGGAGUGGAUGUUGAUAGGGGGUACUAAUUCAGUCAGGUUAGGUCAAGUGGAUCAGUUACAGUAGCUGUGGUCCGGUCAGUGGUUGGCGUGGGAACGGUUUAGAGGGGGCGUGGUCAGAGACGGACAGAAGCCACUGGGGCAGAGAGGCUGUUUAUUGUUUUACCUUCAGUUCCUCAAAUUGGAAUCUCAGAAUUACUCAUGUUAGAUUGAGCAGUAGAAGCGCUCUGAGUGUUAUUAUAGAACACACAGAGAUCUUAAAAUAACUUGGAUAACUAUCUUUAUCUAUAUCUCUUUAUCUUUCUCGAUUUGUCUGUGCUGCUUUAAUUCAGUGAUUUGAUACUGAAUUCAGAGCUCAGAUUUUUGUUUCUUGUCUCCUUUGAUUGAACGGAAUACUUGUAGCAUCCUUGACAGCUAGUCACAGUGUUGAAUAAAACGUUAUUGUUAUUUUACAGCGAUCCACCAGAGGUUGGAGUCUGAUGGGACAGAGAAGGUGGAGGGCUCCAUGACACAGCGCCUGGAGAACGUCCUCAACAGUAAGCCUUCCAUCUAUCUAUCCUUCCAUCCAUCUACAAUAUGCGUCCAUCUAUGCAUCCGUCCACCCAUCCGUUCAUUCAUCCAUCAUCCAUCCAUCUAUUCACUAUCUGUUAAUCUCUCUACCUCUCAGUUGGAACAUACACCAAUUCAUAGGUCAAAUCAAAUCAGUAGUAUUAUGUAUUGUAAUCUGAGGGCAGACAUCAUCCCAGCUGACAUUGGUUAGACUCACUUCUAUCUCUAUAGGAAGUCCAAUUAGCAGGACGUUUCUUCAGAAAGCACCACCUACUUAACAAACGAUCUGUUUAUGAGGAUAGAUAGAGUACGGUUUCACCUCCUCCUCGCCACCCACCAAUUAUCUCACACACACACCACGUUGUGUGUGUGUUCAUUUUCCCUGUCUGCAGAGCGUCUCUUCCAGCUAGUUCCUCUAUCCCUGUCUCUCAUCUCAUACAUGAUAAUGUGACUCCUUUAAUGGAGCAUCAAUAAACAGGUCCUUUCCUCAGGGUUGAAGGUAAAUAAACCUCCCAUCCGGACGCUGCUUUCAUCCCCACAGCGGCACAGCCCCAGACAGACAUGUGGGCCCACAGCCGAGAGCUCAGCAACCGCACACCUCCAUAACUCCCUACAUGUGGGCCUUCAGCCCGAGAGUAACCCAGCCCCCCCCACAGCCACCACAUGCCUCCCCACCGGUGGGCCUACACAACCUUACCCCGACCCCCACCUCCCGAGCCACCGCACACCUCCUCGACCCAAGACCCCCAUCUUCGUCCCAUACACCUCCCUAACCUCCACCACCGCCCACCACCCGCCCGUCAAACACUCAACCCGUUAG